GCUGCGGAUGCUCCAGUCUCUUCUGCAGCAGAGUGAGGGCUUCAGGGGGCGUGGUGUGUUUGGUUACAUAAAGGAGCGCCGACCAAGCGGCGUUGAUUAGUGGAACAAACUGUUCACGUUCCUCGCUUUUCUCCUGAAGGUUGUUCAAAAACAUGUCGACCUCCCUGUUAAGGAUCGGACACCUGCGAUGUGUCAAUAAGUGCUUGCAGACUGAGGGUUGGAAGAUACUGAGCAGAGCACCAACAGCUUUGCCUUUCAGCACAAAAUCAUCAGGAUCCAAAAAUUCAUCAAAAAAGACCAGCAAAGACAAAAGCAAGCCUAAAACAUACUUCGACAUAGAAAAACUUGUUCAACACAAGCCAUGCAACUUCCCUAAGAAAGAAGUUUCUCCAGCUGCCUCUGCAGUAACUGAAGCUGCACUGGAAGCCAUAGCUUCUGCAGCAACAAAGCACACACCCCCUGUUGCUUCAGCUGGAACUAUUGCAUCCACUUAUGACGGAACGACUCAACCGGUGACAGCAUCCUUUGUUAAGGAAGUUCCCUCCAACAUAUCAACUGCUGAAUCUACUGUUGAAGUUUUUCCUGCAGCCUUUCCAGGAGAAGAUGCUCUAAUUUUAGAGACCUCCAAAGUGGCUGCUGAGCCUGCAGCCGAUGUGCCACAGGUCCCUAUGCAUCCUGCUCCUGCCUCUGUAGAAUCGGCUCCUGAUCCACUUGUGAACGUUGCACUGGUAGACGGGGUCCUGAACCUAGUUCAUGAAGCUGUGCCAAAUAAGGCCUCCAUGGAGCCUGUGGAAGAAACGCCUCGUGCAGAGGGCUCACUAAAGUCUGUGGUGGAAGCGGCUCCUGUAGUGGAGGCGGCCCCUGAAGAGGUGUCUCUGGAGCCUGUGGUGGAAGCGGCCCCUGUAGUGGAAGCGGCCCGUGAGGAGGCAUCUCUGGAGCCUGUAGUGGAAGCGGCCCCUGUAGUGGAAGCGGUCCCGGAGGAGGCGUCUCUGGAGCCUGUAGUGGAAACGGCCCCUGAGGAGGCAUCGCUGGAGCCUGUAGUGGAAGCGGCCCCUUGGAAGCGGCCCCNCCCGGAGGAGGCGUCUCUGGAGCCUGUAGUGGAAGCGGCCCCUGAGGAGGCAUCUCUGGAGCCUGUAGUGGAAGCGGCCCCUGUAGUGGAAGCGGCCCCUGAGGAGGCAUCUCUGGAGCCUGUAGUGGAAGCGGCCCCAGUAGUGGAAGCGGUACCGGAGAAGGCGUCUCUGGAGCCUGUAGUGGAAGUGACCCCUGUAGUGGAAGCGGCCCCUGAGGAGGCGUCUCUGGAGCCUGUAGUGGAAGCAACUCCCCCAGAGCCAUCUCCAAAACUUGAAACGGAAGUGACACUGACAACUGUGUCAGAUGAGGUCCCUAAAACUCUAAAUGUAGACCUUCAGGCACCCCUGGAGCCUGUGGCAGAAGCAACUCCUUCAGAACCGGACCCUGCAGAGUCCAUGCCAGAGCCUGAAGCGGAGGCGGUGCUGGAGCCUGUGGCAGAAAUCACUGAUGCUACAGAUGUAGUUCCUGGCUCUGAGGACCUUGUGGACCCUGCCUGGGUCCUUUCCAAGGCUGCUGAAGAAGAGCUGCAGAUGGAUUCCCGUGCUGAAGCAGUUGGACCAUCACAGGCUCAUAUGGACCCAGUGCAGAGGCUAUUCCUGGACUCUAUACGAGAAUAUUCAACAAAUUCCCAGGCAGCUGGUGGUCUGGUUGAUGCUGACUCACAGUAUCAAAAGGUUUUGGAAGAGGAGACGGCAAAGCUACGGAGACUGUAUGGUGGUGGAGACCUAACCAGUUUUCCUAAUUUCAAAUUUAGAGAACCCCAGUGGGAUGAAGUUUCCCAGAAGUGAACCAUCAGAACUUCUACUUGACUUUUACAACUUUGUGCACCAGAACAUGAAUUUGUAUGAUUGUCAAGCAAAUGAACCUCUAUCUGGUGCUUGUGUGUGAAAAUAAAACAUUGGAUUUGUA